AUGGCUGUCAAUCUGGGGACUGUGCCGCCUCACGGCUGGCAGGAUGUCGCGUACAUUGGGCGAUUAGGCUGUAUCAAGUGUACAGAUGAUGUUGUCAUUCCAAUCGCGCGACAGCACAGUAUGUUCAAGGGUGCAGGUGGCCGGGGCAAAUGGGUCACUCACACCCUCGAAGGAUCUGGACAUAGCACCUUCCUUUCGCAGCUAUAUGAGGUAGCUGCUACGGAGCACAGUUGA